GCUUCCUGGUCUCUCGAUUGUCUCUCCUUUGAUCUGUAUGUUUGUCUGUCUGCGACCAUAGGCGACUUCGACGACCUCGGAUUUGGUUCAACAUUCCGGCCGGUGAUCCCACGUCUAGCCUGUAGUGCGCCUCGCUGCAUCCAUACUCAGUCUUUUGCCACGCCGACGGCCUCGCGUCACCAUGUCUACGAUUUUCAGACUAGGCGAUCUCAACGAGGACGUUAUAUACCGCGUCCUCCAACAGGUCGCAGCUCUCGUUACGCAAAGUGAUGAAUCCAGCAUCGCCCUCAAGAAUCUAUCGACCACUUGCAAGCGCAUGCGCUCAUACUGUAUGCCCGUCCUCUUUUAUGAGUGCAGGUCUAUAGUGCGCUUUGGCGGCGUUCCACCAGAGACUAUUCGCCCUUACGUUAGGCACCUCAAGUACGUACGCGCUUUCUUCAAGUUAGAAGAAGCAUACGCUGCCGGAUACUUCAAUGGUCAUGUGGUUCCCAUGCCAUUGGUCGAUUCCUUCGGCAACAGGAUCGUCAAAAUCCCUCCCCCUCCUCCAUUUGGUCUCGAACUGGACUACCUCCCCAACGUACGAGCCGUCACGUUUCUCCGGGCCCCGGGAGGCGUGCCCUGGUACGCUUUCAUGAAAUGCCUGGAAUAUCCUAACGUCACCUCUAUUUCUAUCUACAAAGACGCGGCUUGGAUAUGUGCCCCGCCACUCCCUACCCUGUCCGACCUAUCAGCACCCCAUAACUGUCGGCUCACGGAAUUUAAAUACACACCAUGUCAAUGGCGCGAGACGCGAAGCCGUUUGCGGAAGACAAACCUAGGCCCAGCGCACGACCGCGAGAGAAGUUAUCUCCACGCACUUGUUCUUGCCAUGUCGGACACCGUCGAGUCGCUCGCCCUCCCCGUCGAGACGGCGCCGCUCCUGGAGAUGGCCAACAAGGACUGGCCGCGCCUGCAUACACUAUCCCUCGUCGGGCGAUAUACUCAGCCGGAUCAAUCUCGCGUUAUCCCUCUCCUACUUUUGCGCAUGCCAAAUCUGCGCUCCCUUUCCAUCAACGUAAUGCAAUGCAAGGGGAUGUGGCGCCCGCCUUUGCUCAGAGGACUCCCUGAUACUAGCUACUGCCUACGGUCGUUGACGGUCUCGUAUCCGAAUCCCGACGAUCCGAUUUUCUCUUGUGUCGGGGACGGCCUAACUUCCCUCUCGCUCCGCGAUAGCCCGAGACACUACUUCCGAACACGUUAUAGCUAUCGAGCUCUCUCCGCAAUAUUCCCGAUCCUCAGCGCGUCCGAAUGUUUGGCCAUUCUGAAGCGCAUCUCCGCCCCUCGGCUCUCGAUUCUCGAGCUGGUCUAUCAGGCCGACUCCGCUGAGGACGAGCUUCUGCAUUAUCUAUCGCAUGCAUUUCCACUCCUCGAGGAACUCGAACUGCACCGAUAUAAAGCAUCACCCGAAGACAGCGUCCCCUACUUGCAUAUCGCGCACACGCUGAUGCUCAUCAAAUACCUCCGCGCGCUCUACCUCAAUGUCGACAUCAUGGAGCGUGCGUACAAGUAUGGAAACUCCGGCGCCGACCUGGAGAAGAAUCGCAGCGAACGUGGGCUAGAGCUCGUGAGCGUCUUGCAAAGCGGCGCAUUCUUCGAGUACGUCGCGCUGCCCCUCCACAUUCCGUCGGCCGUCAUCUGGAUUUUGUAUCGGCCGGCGUGGUCGCCCCACGGCACCGUCGAACGGGACUCGCCGCACGCGACAGAUUCACUUGCGUAUCAUCGUAAGAUACAUCACAGAUAUAGCAGAUAAGGCCCGACAUCUUUACGGUGCCGCUCUCGCACCUACGUCUCCUCUGUGUUUCGUUCACCCUUCGCGAUGUCCCGAGACGGAGCGCACAUUCUAGUACUAUAACGUCCAGUAACCAAGAUUAGC